GCAGUGUGAGAAUGGCGUCUGGUUCUUCACUGCGGCCUGAGCGAGCAUCGAAAGCACCGAAACGUUUCGACUUUGUUGAUCCCGAACUUCUUCUUUCUUCGGAAGAUGAAGAAGCUGGCGUCGAGAGUCGGAACGUGCUUGAUUGUCGAGAUAACGACCCGGAGAUGGAUGAUCCUCUUCAGGCCAUUUUCGACCAUCAAGCACGCUUCGAGGAGGAUUUGGAUGGGGAUAGCGAAACUUCCGAAGAGGAGAGGGAGGGAUUGACAUCGUCUUGGAUAGGACAAGUAGGUGCUCGCCCGCAACAACCAACCGCUGUGGCCAUUUCCAGCUCUAGCACCGAGUUAGAAUCAGAAAAUGAAGGACAAGUGAGGAAGGAAAUGAAGACAACGAGAUUGAAGAGGAGAAAAGUGAGAGGAAGAGGGAGAGCAAGAGGAGGAGGGAGAGCAAAAGGAGGAGGGAGAACAAGAGGAGGAGGGAGAGCAGGGAAAAGAGUGAAAGUGACUGAUGAAGUUCAAGAGGACGCAAAACAGAGGAAGAAGAGAGAGUUGGAGGAGAUGAUACUAACUGGGGACGACGUGGAUGAGUGUAUGUGCUGUCGACAUGUUGAAGUGAAUGUUGAUGGGAGACCACAGAAAUGGGGCGACAGCAAUCAGUUUGCGAGGGACAGAAAGCAAGUGUUGGUAGGUUUGAGAGCAGCGAAAGCAGUGAAGGUGUGGAUGGAAUUACAGAGGUGGACGGUAGAGGACGAGGAAGGAAAGAAGUGGUAUGAGGAAAACAGUGAACGUUGUAAAUAUGUGCCAGCACAGCCCAAAACCGGCUGGACCGAAGAGAAGAGGAGACUACUGGCACUGGAGACUCACUACCCAGACUGUGAAGAUGUCGUCAUCACCCCUCCCCUUUUUGAACCCACACGUCCCAUCGGUGCCCAUCUACCCCGCAACUUUCCUGACAACCCAACACCUCUCAACCUCUUUAACCUCUAUUUCAAUGACGACAUCCUCCUGAAGAUUGCGGCCUGGACCAACAGCAAAGGGAGAUAUAGGAAAGCCACCGAGAAGAGCUUCCAAUGGCAGCACGACACCACCCCCCAGGAGCUCAGAGCCUAUUUUGGCAUUUUGUUGGGCAUGGGAUUAAUCCGUCUGCCCCAGAUCUCCCAUUACUGGUCCCAGAGUGAAUUCUGGGGCUACAACUUUUUCAAAGGUACCAUGUCGGCACGGCGGUUUAGGGCCAUCUCUGGUGCAUUGAAGUUGAAUGAGUUUAUUCCACCAAAGAGAAAACCGCCGUGCCAGGAGAUCGGGGCAGAGGACACAGCACGCCUCACAGAGCCGGUCCCUGACCCCAGCAGAGGGGUACAGGAAGGAGCCACACCAGUUGGUCGUAGUACUGAGGCCCAGGAGGCACCCAACCCCAGUAUCAGGGAUCAGGGUGCCACUAAACCAACACCAGACCGGCUCUAUCAGAUUCGACCAGUACUACAGCAGAUGAGGCGUGCUUGCCGCAUGUAUUGUCAACCCGGACAGAAACUAGCAAUAGACGAGCGAAUGCUUCGUUUCAAAGGAAGGUCCGGCAUGCGGCAAUAUAUGCCCAACAAACCCAUCAAGUGGGGCUUCAAGCUAUGGGUCUUAGCAACAUCAGACUCAUCCUCUCCCGGUGGAGCUGGUUACGUCGUUGACUUUGACGUUUAUGUCGGCUCCCAGGGCGUUCCGGAAGAGAGCCUCACUCAACGGGUAGUAUUAGAGCUCCUGGAGCCUCCUGCCAGCAGCAAUCUUCCAUUGCCUGUCCUUGGGCUGGGUUACCAUCUGUAUGUAGAUAAUUAUUACACUUCCGGUAAACUAUUUCGCCAGCUCAGGGACAAAGAAAUAUAUGCUGCUGGAACAAUGCGCCGAGGACGCUCCGGUUUACCACCGCAAAUUGGUGGACCAAUCUUGAAAAAGGAGGACAGAGGCAGUUGGCGUUGGACACGUGACGGCGACUGUCUGUACCUAGUCUGGGUCGACAACAGUCUCCCUGUCUUUUGCUCGACCCUGCACCAAGGGUCGAGCAAGAACCUGAAAGUCAAGAGGAAGGGCAAGGGGACUGGAAAAGCAAGGGAAUUUCCUUGUCCACCUGUCGUCCCAGACUACAAUAGGUACAUGGGUGGAGUCGACAUCUUUGACCAGAUGGCAGGUGCCUACCCGGUCUUGAGGAAGGUCUUCAGUUGGCCAAUCGUCUUUUUUUACAACUUCCUCGAGACCGCGGCAAUGAAUUCAUGGCACCUGUACAAACUUACUACCAAUCCAGCAAUGAAACACAUUGACUAUCAAGAACUUCUGGUCAAAGAACUGGUUGCUGCCGAACAGGAAGCUCAACGACAUCAUUCUAACAGAGGUGGUCGACCACAAGAUCCAGUCGCUGCCUCUGCGGCUUCCUAUAUUCUUCCGAUGCACCACACUCCUAUGUUUUAUGAGCACUCUGCGCGCCGUUGUAUAUAUUGUUAUUGUCAAGGCAAGAAGGCAGAGGUGCGGAGUUAUUGCAGGGAGUGUGGUGUAUUUCUCUGUUUGCGUUCAGGCCACAACUGCUUUAGACUUUACCAUAGUAGAACAAAUAGAGUAGCAAUAGAGUGUAGGGAAUUCGCUGUUACUAAGAAGGCUACUAAGCCAGGGUUUAUGUGUUUUGUGUUAGGGGUUGGUGGAGAUGAUAAUAUAUAGCGUAGUUCAUAG